AGGCUCGGCAUAGUGGGAGUCACUCUGUGCCACACCGGGAGUGCCUUUUGGAGACGUGGGGGUUGUUUGCAGAGAGAGGAGGUCAGUCAAGCAGUGGUUGAUGGAGGGAGAGCAAGACAAGAGGAGGCAGAGAGCAGUUUUCAGCCCUUCUGAAUCUUUUAUAAUAGAGAUCUUCCAACAUCAAGCUGCCUGCAAGGACUGAGAGAAAGAGUUGGUACUGAGGUGUGCAUUUAGCAUGCACCAACAGUGACACAGGGACAGAGAGGAAAGAAGGGAGCGUGAUUGAGAACUGGGGUGUGCACUGUACAGACAGCAAAACCAGGAGGGAGAUGGCAGAGAACCAGUGUUGAGAAGAGGAAUUCUUCUCUCCUGGAACGAGCUGUAUGUGGCCCUGCUGUGUGUAAAGCUCCUCUAAAGCACGGUGCAUGAGCCAAAGGAAAGAGAGAGGGAGUGGGCUCGACUGGCUGGCUAAUCCCUAAACGCGUGAAAAACGUGGAAAGGGGGGAAAGGAUCGAAAGCACAGAGGCAACACAAACAACAAAAAGGUAUGUGUGAGCUGGCCUUUCCCUGGGUGAAUGUUUGUGUCUGAGGUCCCUUUCAACACCUCAACCCAGUGUAAACUUCUGUGUCUGGAUAAGACAAGAGGAGGGCAAAAGCAACUGUACAUGACGAGCUGACGUGACUGAAUUUGGACAGAAAGGGGCAGAAUUUGUAAUAGGAAGGAAAGUCUGCCACACAGGACUCUACCCAGCUUGCAAGGAUGUCAUCCAACGAGCUGAGCGUUGAGAUGGACUCCUGCAUCCGUACAUUCAAGGAGCACAUGCACCUGGAACUGGAGCCUCCCAAAAUCCCAGGGGUAGGGAAGAGGGGCGCCACGUCCCCCAAACUGUCCCCCAGAAGCUCCCCGCGCCUCUUCCGCAAGCUGAUGGUCAACAAGAGCAUCCGGCAGAGGCGACGCUUCACUGUAGCCCAUACCUGUUUCGAUGUGGAGAAUGGCCCGUCUGCUAGCUGCAGCCCUCUGGAUCCCCAGACCUCCCCCGGCUCUGGUCUGGUCCUCCACACCAACUUCCCCGGUCAUAACCAGCGUCGAGAGUCCUUCCUCUAUCGCUCUGACAGCGACUAUGAUCUGUCGCCCAAAUCCAUGUCACGAAACUCCUCCAUCGCCUCUGAACUACAUGGUGAUGACCUGAUCGUAACGCCUUUUGCUCAGGUUUUGGCAAGCCUUCGAAGUGUAAGGAAUAAUUUCACCGUACUGACCAAUGUCCAGUGCGCCUCCAGCAAGAGGUCUCCUGCAGCAACAACUCAGCCUCCAAUCACCAGGGUUUGUCUCCCAGAUGAGGCGUACCAGAAGCUGGCCAUGGAGACGAUGGAGGAGUUGGACUGGUGUCUGGACCAGCUGGAGACCAUCCAGACCUACCGCUCUGUCAGUGACAUGGCCUCCAACAAGUUUAAAAGAAUGUUGAAUCGGGAGUUGACGCACCUAUCUGAGAUGAGUCGGUCUGGGAAUCAGGUUUCCGAAUUCAUCUCUAACACCUUCCUAGACAAACAGAAUGAGGUGGAGAUCCCGUCGCCGACAUCAAAGACGCGCGAGAAAAAGAAGCAGCAGAGGCAGCAGCUGAUGACACAGAUCAGUGGGGUCAAGAAGGUCUCUCAUGGGCCCUCGCUCUCCAGCAGCAGCAUCUCGCGCUUCGGCGUCAAGACCGAUAAGGAGGAGCUGCUGUCCAAGGAGCUGGAGGAUCUCAACAAGUGGGGUCUGAAUAUCUUCACUGUUUCUGAGUACUCUCACAACCGCCCUCUUACCUGCAUCAUGUACGCCAUCUUCCAGGAGCGAGACCUGUUGAAGACGUUUAAGAUCCCCAUGGAUACGUUCGUGGCCUACAUGAUGACAUUGGAAGAUCAUUACCAUUCAGAUGUGGCCUAUCACAACAGCCUGCAUGCUGCUGACGUGGCCCAAUCCACCCACAUCCUCCUCUCCACUCCAGCCCUGGAUGCGGUCUUCACAGAUCUUGAGAUCCUAGCAGCCAUCUUUGCUGCAGCUAUCCAUGAUGUUGACCAUCCUGGAGUAUCAAACCAAUUCCUAAUCAAUACCAACUCUGAGCUGGCGUUGAUGUACAACGAUGAGUCAGUGCUGGAGAACCAUCACUUGGCUGUUGGAUUCAAGCUACUGCAGGAGGACAACUGUGAUAUCUUUCAGAACCUUACUAAGAAGCAGCGACAGUCCCUGCGCAAGAUGGUCAUCGACAUGGUUUUGGCCACAGACAUGUCCAAACACAUGAGUUUACUGGCUGAUCUGAAGACUAUGGUGGAGACUAAGAAGGUGACGAGCUCUGGAGUGCUGCUGCUGGACAAUUACACCGACAGAAUACAGGUGCUACGUAACAUGGUGCACUGUGCUGACCUAAGUAAUCCCACCAAGUCCCUGGAGCUGUAUCGUCAGUGGACUGAUCGGAUAAUGGAGGAGUUCUUCCACCAGGGAGACAGAGAAAGGGAGAGGGGAAUGGAGAUCAGCCCCAUGUGUGACAAACACACAGCCUCAGUGGAGAAGAGCCAGGUGGGUUUCAUCGACUAUAUCGUGCACCCUCUGUGGGAGACAUGGGCCGAUCUGGUCCACCCUGACGCCCAGGAUAUUCUGGACACGCUGGAGGACAACAGGAAUUGGUACCAGAGCAUGAUCCCCCAGAGUCCCUCCCCGCCCUUCUACGACCAGGGCACGCACGGACACAGUGGAGGCACUGGGGGACAGGGAGGCGGGGAGAAAUUUCAGUUUGAGCUGACCUUGGAGGAGGAGGACUUGGAUGGAAUAGAGAAAGAUGGCGAAGAGGAGGAGGAUGAGGAGGAAGAAGAAGAGGAAGACUUAGAAGAGGAGGAGGAUAGCCUUGGAGAUUCUCGUUCUCCUCCCCUGGACUAUUCGGACGGUCAGGAUCACGAGGAGGGCAGCAUGAUGGAGCCCACGUCGGCAAUAGAGAUUGUGACACACGAGGCGUCACCCACAGACACAUAGGGCUUCCAUCAUCAGGCUCACAUGGUGAUUUGAAAGUUUUUCGAAAACGAGGGGCGAUCCUCUUGCAGCUGUGCUUUUUAGUAAGCCUGCAGAAGCAAGGGCUUAGUUUCGUCCCGCACAGGGGCGUCUUGCACUUGGGUGUUUGAAGCCAGUCAGGGGCGGACAGUUUCAGUGACGCGGCUUCAGAGUUCUCAGGAAAUAAUUACUGCGAACAUUUUAGUCUUGAUGAACAGGCGAAACUGAUGGUGGAAAUUGAAGGAUUUUGGCCAGUUUGGGAAAUGGUUACUUUUCUUUUCUGGACUGGCAUUAAAUGGACAUUGACACUACUGAGAGAAGUUUUGUACCUUAAGACUUUUUUACAGAUAUGAUAUGAUCUAGAAGUAGCAUAGAGUAAGACCUACUGAUGGAGACACAUUUGUAUAGCAAGAGAAAGUGUUUACUUUUUUCCUGUACCAUUUGUCAAAGGACUUUUGUGUGCCUUUUUUACUAUUGUCUUUAUAAUAGUUUUUUAUUUAUUGAACACUCUAGUAUGUCUGUGAAAUUUUUUUUUUUUAACCGGAAAGAGCAAAAUCUUUUUUGUAUGUUAAAAAGAGAACAGUCUUCCAUGUAUUGGGCAAUAGAGAAAUCCAAACAAACGUCGACAAACAACUCUUGGACAAACUCAUCUGAAUAGGGAAACAUUAACAACCACAUUAUACGCACACUUAGUUACAUUUGUUUUUCAAUCUGAGCACAAUGUUUUUCUUUAUGAGUGGAAUUCAAAUGCUUAUGUGUUCACUCAUGCUUCAUGUUACAUGUUUAGUUUGUUAGUCUUUAUAUCAGAUGUCAGUCACAGUCAUACUGAAAUACAUCACCUAUUUUCAUACUCCAUCUCUUCAAACAUCAUCUUUUCUCUUCUUCCUUGUAACAGUCUGCAGACCAUUAGGGGCUUCCUACCUUUUCACACCAAAACUUGACUUUUAAUGCAAAAUGCUCAGUGAGGAUAUGGAAUCCUACACUUAAAACUAUAUGUUCAGGUAUUCCAGCUAAAUUUUCAGUUAAAUUAUUGGGACGUUUGACUUAUACGAUUUUGUUGUUUCAUUUUUGCAUCUAAUUGUUGCCGUGUUGGUGUGAAAUAGAGGUUAGUCCAGUUCAAACAAUAAUAAGAUAAAAUCAGCAGAAAUACAAGUCUGAAAAACAAACAGCUCAUUGACAACAAGCUGCUUAGAUCUAUGAUAAAAGAAAGAAACAAAGUCUGCCAAGGACGAAAUGCACAACAGUGGUGAAUCUAUUUUUAGCCCACAGGUAUGCUGCAGUCUUAAUAAUCCUGUUAGUUGGAACCGGUCCUGACCCCAGACCCAUCUGAUGUAACGCCCCCCUGCCCCUCUGCAAUCAGGCCCAGACCUGAUGAUGAAAGGUGCUCUCAUAGCCUCACCAAAGCCUAUUCCCGUGGUUUACAAACCCCUCUGGGACCCGAAGACACGACCCCAAAACAAUCAGGCCAGCUAUUUCUUCCUCACGAUAAAAAUCCCUCAAGUGUAGCGUCUGCUCAUUGACGUCAAUAGAAUUUUUUCCCUUCCCCAUUCACUGUAUGAAAUUUCCAGGACAGUUGGGUUAUUAGUAUUUGGCACAGAUAAAACAAAAAAGAUUUUAAAAAAGAGUCUUGUUCUAGUUUUAACCCCCCCCCCCCCCCCCCUCAAAAAAAAACAAAACAAAAAAACCCACAUUUUUGUCUCUUUACUAUUUCUUGGGGAAUAUGGUUUGAAAAUGGUUUGCAGACUCAACAUUUCUGCCCCCAUGGCUUCCACAACAAAAUUUUCUUGAUGUUCUAGUUGCAUCUAUAAUCACAUCUCUCAAUUUUCAUAUUGGUUUACUGAUAUGCUCAAAAGGUACUUCAUCUAAAUUCACUCCGGCAUCCUUAAGUGGCAAUCGUAUGUGUGCAGUAUGUAUGGAAGGUCAUGUAUGUGUGCGUGUUUGGAUGUGUUGACUUUGUCAUCAGGCCUUACCCCCAUCACUCCAAACCUUUGUCUCUACUGUUUGUUGCUAGGAGCUCAAGUUGGUCCUUUUUGCUGUUUAUAACAGUGUGUAUUUAUUCUAUACUUUAUGCUUGUAAAUAAGAAAUACUGGUUCAGUGUAAAAUCUAUUUUAAUUUAUAUGCACUUGCAUUACCUGGAAGUGGUGGUGUCUAAUGUGUAGAAAACUCUGGAUUAGAGUCUUUUUAUAUAUGUACUAUAUAUUUAUAUAUUCGCACAAUGUUUUGAGGCCCAGAGACAUGUUGUUGUCAGAUUGAGAACCUUGGAACUCCAAAGUAGCAUUUUUAUAUUAUAUAUAUAUAUAUAUAUAUAUAUAUAUAAAAUGCAUGAAUAUUAAACCAAAAAUGUUCUCACUUUGGUAUCACUUUCAAAUCUUAAUAUCUAGGUAUUUUUCCUUUUUAUGAAAAGUUUAGUCUCUCAGCUAAAUUUCAGCUUAGUUACAUUUCUUAAAUAGCCCAAAUUUUACAGAGGACUUUGCAUGUUCUCAUUUUAUUUCUUACAUAUUUGUUUUGAUGGAAAACAAUUUUGGUCCAACUGAGUAUUUGAAGCUACAGGGUUUUUAUCUGACAGCAGCAAUUUGGUAACCCAAAGGCGACAUAGUGGACAUCUUAAACUGCAUAGGCUUGGAUAUAGGAUACAUACAAGCUAGCUAAGGAACACAGAAGCUCAGUCAAUGCUUGGUAUCAAAGUACACAAAUAGCUUAUUUUCUCUUAGCAGCUUGUCACUACCGAAGCUUCUCCACCCAGCAUUUGAAUGCAGAUUGCUGAUAUAUAAGGCCAGAUACAGGUUAGACUGACAAACACAAAGCGAUUGUCUCCUUUUACACUUAACGCACUUCAUGUAAAAGUAGAUAACACAGGGACUGUAUUGGUAGCAUGCUACAAUACGCCCAGCACUGACGUGAAUAGUUCUGAAUUAACAACAAAACAUGAUCUUAUGUAACUGAUUGUGCUAAUGUGUGACCUCUUUCUGACCAAACCUGUUAGCAGUUUUGAAAUUCAAAUUUGUCAGUAUUAACAUGUUUAUCUAUGUUAUAGCUUUUUUGGUCCUAGUUGUGUCCAAAUGGUUAGCCAGAUUUAGCACUAUCUGCAUGAGAGAUGGGUUUUUAUUUUAUUUUAAAUGUCAAUAUGUUCAAGUCCGCCAGUUGUUGCAGGUGGGUUAUUAAAUGUUUCACACAAUGUAUGGUAUUAUAUUGUAUAUUGUGUCCAAGAAUAAAACUGAAAUACUUUUUUCUAUUAAGUGAUUAAAAGCAAAGCAUGAAUAUA